UUAGGCUGUGAAGGUGUCAAGGCGCUAUAUAGCUCAGCCUCUCCUCUCAUCUGUUUCAGAAGAUGAAGUGGCUGCAUUUACUGCGGAUGAAGAGCCGCCGGUGCCCACGGGCCGACAUGAAGAGGAGGGCAGAUGAACGUCCCAAAGAGAAUGCUGAACAAGAGCCCGACGACAGGCUGGCGAGUGAAGAUGAGCUCCAGGAGGACGGCGCCAAAGGGAAGGUGCCGGGCAUGGACCGCCUGUCCAUCAUCCUGACUGAGAAGCGAAUCAGGAAGGAGCAGUUGGCGACCGAGAAAUCGCUGCAGGAGGAGUUUGAGAGGGAGUUCCUGGAGGAGGAGUACCCCGAGCUGCUGCUGGACCGUAUCCUGGAGCCCACCCUGAUGUUCAACGGGAGGCCCGACAGCUGGAUCCAGAGCUACGCCGCAUACCAGAUGCCCACCGCCUACAUCACGGAGCUCGUCUUCGAGGCCUUUGAGAAUGUGACGGCCACAUCCUGCAUCGAGAUCCUCAAUAACGCGCCCACGGUCAUCUACUACAACUGGCGCCCGCUGCCACACGUACCAAGCUUCAAGGAGGCACACAGCCUGGUCAAAGUGCAGCGCUUCUACUUCAACAUGAACUCAGGUGUCAUCCUCCCGGGAGACAAGCAGCAGAUCCUCUUCUCAUUUAAGUCGCCUGACCCGGGCAUCUUCAGCGAGUCCUGGCAAAUGUCGACAUACCCGGCUCUGCCUGGGGGAGCGGGCAUCGAGGUGAAAAUGCGCGGCGUCGCCCUUCACAUCGACUUGACGGUGGCAGUCUGGCGGGAGAUUGAGCAAGCACUGCAGGCCAAGGAGGACCAGAGGAUGGUGGUGCAGAUCGUGGACCGCAUGCUGGCCGGGGUCUGCACUCCUCACCGGCCAAGCUCUCCGGCGAGCACCUACCUCACGCAGGAGGACGUCUUCCAGCAGCAGAACCCAAGGCUUCACUACGUCCACACGGCAGUGGAGAACCUGAAGGUGCUGUGGAGCCAAUGGAUCGGACCCGGCGAGUGGGACCUGAACGUCACACACUUCAAGCAGGCCAUCCUCGGCACCAAGGUGGACAAGCAGGAGUGGCUGGAGGAAGCCCUGCCGGAGAUCAACAGCUGUGUCAUGGAGCUCAGCAGGCCUCAGUACACCGUGCACAUGGACCUCUUCUACCACAUCUGUCUUGAGCUGUGGCGAGAAGUGAUUGACAACAUGGUCGGGCACGCCAUGCUGCUCAGGCAGCUUCUGGGCAUCACAAAGAAGGACAUCUGGGUGGAGGAGCUGCAGGAGAACACCCUGAAUGAGGAAAGCGAAAUCUCGGCGGAUGCCACCCAGAGAGCCAAGGCCAAGAGCGAUAAAGUGGACAAGAAGGACAAGGAGGACAAGAAGGCCAAGAAGCCGCCGCCUGCCAAGAAGGGCAAAGGGAAAGAGAAGAAAGUGGCAGUGAAAGGCUCAGCAGCAGUGCCUGCCAGCAAGGAUGGCACACCCGCCGCCGAGAGCCCGGAAAGCAGGAAGUGCGAGGAGGAGCAGCAGCAGCAGCAGCAGCAGCAGCAGUUCCAGCAGAUGCAGGCCGUCCUGCAGGAGAUUUACACCAACGAGCUCAAGAUUCAGGUGGGCAUCGACAACUGGUCACCGGGACACCAGCGUGGGCACACGGCCUGGGCCUCUGCAGGAGCCGCCCACCUUCUGAGUUCAGCUGGUGCAGGACGGGCUUGGCAGAGGCCAACUCAGGGAAGGAUGCCAGUCUACCAUAGGGCACCCUCGUGCAUGCCAGGCCCAUCAGCUGUGGGGUCAGUGACCGGGCUGAGGCUUGAACCAGAGUCCCUGGAGCUGUGACCAGCGUACUGUUUUGUAAAAGCCAUAGGAAAUGUCACCCUGUGGUCACCCUGAUGACCCUCAGUGGCUAUCUUAUCUUCUGCUUCUUCUUUCCGCUCAGGUCAAAGGUUUGCUCAUGUCGAUGGUGGAGAAGAUGAGCAACCUGUUUGAAGAAGUGAGAAAGUAAGUGUGGGCACCUCGAGAGCCAACGGGUGGCAGCAUGAGGCUCAUCCACUGCCCACCAUCCAGGGCAUCAAUCCGUUUUGUUCCUUUUUUUUUUCAGAUACGAGCCUUACAAGGGACAGCAGCUGGCACCAACCCUUUGUUUCUAAACUGCCAACCAUCACACCCUCCACCCGCGUGAUGACCAUCCACAAAGCCAGCUUUGUGCAGAGCAAGACAAAGAGGGGGUGAUGCCACUAAUCAUGGAUGUGCGUAAAAUGGGAAGAACCUGAUUGUGAUGGUGCCCACUCAGCCUGGCACAGCCAUACAGCUUUUGAAAGGAGCUAUAAUGGGCACUACAUCAUUCAAUGCUGGACUGUGUGGUGACAUUUACGGGGCAAACUGGACACUGAUUCAUCGCCAUCUACAGGCCACGAGGUGGGCAUCUCACAUGCCACUUGUGCCACCCUUCCACUAAAAUGAAAAUGUGAACAGAGGGCCAUGGGGUACAAGGCCACCGUGGGGGUGGACAGACCACCUGUGCGCACUGCUAUGCAGGUUUUCUUCUGAACCUUCCAAAUGACCCACUCAUGUGACCUGGCUGGUGACAAGACCUUGGGUGACCAAAAGUUUGGAGAGUCCUUGAGACUUCUGGAUGGGCAAGAUGACCAGCUUGUCUAUCUGAUGUCCUCUGCACUGCACCCUGGCUUCGUGUGAGCAUGAGACCCUACCAGCUGUGCCAGCCGAACUCCAGUCCAGGUGCUGCGCCAUGUAAUGUGCCGUUGUCUUGUGAGGAAAUGUAAUGGGCACAGCGGGCAAGCAUUUCACAGACUAAUGUGACUCAAACCCAGGGAGGUCACUGCAUCUUACUGGCCAAGCUGUUGUCCAGGUGGCACUCUGCU